AUGGCGGAUGAUUUAGACAAAUUUAUUGAAGAUCAGAAGGCCAGGUUGGCACAAGAUAAGGCAGAACUUGAAGAUGAUCCCCCUUACAUGGAAAUGAGGAAUACGGAGUCGGAGAAGUUUUCUGAGAAGAGCAAAAUGUUAAUCUCCAUGGCUAAAGAAAAUAUACCUCCAAAUAGUCAACAGAACUAUCCUUUAGGUGGUUAUGGCUUGAGUUUACCUCUUGGAGAAGAAUAUGAACGAAAAAAGCAUAAACUCAAAGAGGAGCUUCGACAAGAUUAUAGGCGAUAUCUUUCUCAGGGUAUUUCACAGGCAAAAAGAAAGAAAAAUUAUCUGACUACUGGUGAAGUAGAUCCAUAUACUCAGGGAUUGUCUCUUCCUAUUGAUGAGAGAAGAUCUGCCAAGGAGAAACUACGGCUUGAAAGAAACAAGGAUUACAAUCAAUAUCUCAGAGAUAAAGAAGAAUGGAAUGAAAGGCUGAGGAAAUUAGGGAAGAAAAACACAGAGAAUGAGAUGGACAGGAAUAAAAAACCUACUGCUGUUACCAGGCUCCAGCCAGAACUACGUACAGAAGUACAGUCCUGUAAUACAGGUGCAGAACCUCCCAAGAAGGAUGCCUUUACUUCUACAGAAGCUUAUGAAGAGCUGCUAAAUAAGAGAUGGCUGGAGGAAGACAGGUAUCAUGGGAAGCAUCAUGGACUUGAUGAGGAUCAUGAUUUGGGUAGAAGAUACUACAGAAUGGACUAUGAUACUGAGAUAAGUGAAGAAGUAGACCCUAGAUUGAGAUGUGAAAGUGCUUACGACAGAAAACUUCCCCGUGUUUCUUAUGCUGAAAGAAAUCAGGUACAAAUUAGUUCUUCAGCUAAUGAACAGGCCAAGUCUGCAGCUGAAAUGCCAUAUGCAACAGGCCUUGUUCUUGGUGGUCAGAACCCAGAACUUCUCCAAAGGAAAAAAGAGAAAUACAGGCAAGAACUUAUAGAACAGAUGGCUGAGCAACAGCGAAAUAAGAGACGUGAGAAGGAACUUGAGCUCUCAGUUGCUGCUUCUGGAGCUCAAGACCCAGAAAAGAAUCCAAAUAGAUUGAAGCAGUUUGGCUUGACAGCGAGAGCUUCUGAAGAGAAAGUACCUCCUGAAAGGCCUAGGGUGGCUUUCCAAACUCCAGUGCCUGUCCCUUCAGCCUCUCCAGUGAAUGAAGACUUUCACAGGGGGCUAGCAAGCACUCUUGGUGAAAUAGUAGCUCCCAGACUUGCACCAAUGCCACCGCCUCCACCACCACUUUUGACAGACAACUAUAGAACGCCUUAUGAUGACGCAUAUUACUUUUAUGGGGUUAGGAAUCCUUUGGAUCCCAAUCUUGCAUAUUAUGGUACAGGUAUGAUGGGAAUGCAACCCACACCUAUUCUGGAUCCUCCUUUAGGCCAAGCCCCAGUAGAGCAAUCUGUAAGUAACAUUGGACAGAGGAAUACAGGAGACAGACAAAGAAGCAUAGGAGUAAUUUCUGAAGAAAAAACAAAGCCUUCCAAAGAGGCAACAUUAUCUUAUCAACAAGAAUUACAACAGCAGAUAAGAGAGAGGGAGGAACGGCGCAGACAAGAGAGAGAGGAGAAGGAACGCUAUGAAGCCAAGUUAGAAGCAGAAAUGAGGAAUUACAACCCCUGGGGAAAAGGUGGUGGUGGUGCUCCCCUCAGAGAUGCAAAAGGAAAUCUGAUAAGUAAUUUGAACAAAAUGGGAAACGCAGG